CCUGAUGCGUGAAGCAUGACCCCACACCGGCCCGGUGGUCCCGCAUCAGCUCUGUGCCACCUCUCGCAGUCCCUUGGCAUGGGGAGGGGAUGUGCACCACUGCUGGGGCGUGAUAUCCACCAGAGUGGGAAUGAAACAACCCUGAGCACCGAACCCAGUGUGCUGGGGAAGAGAAGCGGGUCGGUACACGCACUGUGGUGGUGGGGCACCGUCCAGUUUCGGAAACAGAUGCAUACGUGGCACAGAAGUUCUGUGACAACAGGAUUGUCUCCUCCAAGCUCUAGUCCCCAGUCAGCGUGGUGCCUCGGUCUGUCGGUGAGCCUCCCUCUCUCCCCGCAGUACACCCUCUGGAACUUCCUCCCGAAGAACCUUUUUGAGCAGUUUAGAAGAAUUGCCAACUUCUACUUCCUCAUCAUCUUCCUCGUGCAGGUGAUAGUGGACACCCCAACCAGCCCGGUGACAAGUGGCCUCCCGCUCUUCUUUGUCAUCACUGUCACAGCUAUCAAACAGGGAUAUGAGGACUGGCUGAGGCACAGAGCUGACAACGAAGUGAACAAAAGCAAUGUCUUCAUUGUCGAAAACGCAAAGCAAGUGCAGAAGGAGAGUGAGAAAAUCAAGGUUGGAGACAUAGUAGAAGUGAAAGCGGAUGAGACCUUCCCCUGUGACUUGAUAUUUUUGGCCUCCAGCAGCACUGAUGGGACCUGUUACGUCACUACAGCGAGUCUCGAUGGCGAGUCCAAUUUCAAGACUCACUACGCAGUGCGGGAUACCACUGUGCUCUGUACGGAUGAAGCCAUUGACUCCCUCACAGCCACAAUCGAGUGCGAACAGCCACAGCCUGACCUCUACAAAUUUGUUGGAAGAAUUAUCAUCUACAGAAGUAACCAGGAGCCCGUAGCCAGGUCUUUGGGUCCUGAAAACCUGUUGCUGAAAGGUGCUACUCUCAAAAAUACCAAGAAGAUUUAUGGAGUUGCAGUCUAUACUGGAAUGGAAACGAAAAUGGCUUUGAACUACCAAGGGAAAUCUCAGAAACGGUCUGCUGUAGAAAAAUCUAUCAAUGCUUUCCUGAUAGUGUAUUUGUGCAUCCUGUUGAGCAAGGCUACUGUGUGCACAACUCUGAAAUACGUCUGGCAGAGUAAUCCAUUUAAUGAUGAGCCUUGGUACAAUGAAAAGACUAAAAAAGAGAGAGACACAUUCAAGGUCUUGCGGAUGUUCACAGACUUCUUGUCGUUCAUGGUCCUCUUCAAUUUCAUCAUCCCAGUCUCCAUGUAUGUUACAGUAGAGAUGCAGAAGUUCUUGGGCUCCUUCUUCAUCUCUUGGGACAAGGAGAUGUAUGACGAAGAAAUAAAGGAGGGAGCAUUGGUGAACACCUCAGACCUGAACGAAGAGCUUGGGCAGGUGGAGUACGUCUUCACAGACAAAACUGGGACCCUGACAGAAAACAGCAUGGAGUUCAUAGAGUGCUGCAUAGAUGGGCAUAACUACAAAGACUGCAUUUCAGAGAUGGAUGGCUUCUCUCAGACUGAUGGACCCCUAAAAUAUUAUGGCAAAGCAGAAAAGAGCCGUGAGGAGCUGUUCCUGCGAGCCCUCUGCCUGUGCCACACUGUUCAGAUCAAGGAAGCAGACCAGAUGGACGGGCUGAUAGGACAUCCAGAACGCAAAUACUCCUAUAUCUCCUCUUCCCCAGAUGAAAUUGCUUUGGUGAAAGGCGCAGAAAAGUAUGGUUUCACUUUUCUAGGACUUGAAAACAAUUUCAUGAAAAUACGAAACCAAAAGAAUGAAACUGAAAUGUACCAGCUUCUUCACGUGUUGAACUUUGAUCCUGUCCGUCGCCGUAUGAGCGUCAUUGUGAGAACCACCACAGGAAAGUUGCUUCUCUUCUGUAAAGGAGCAGACUCCUCUAUUUUUCCAAGGGUGCAGCAAGAAGAAAUCCAACAAACAAAAGUCCAUGUGGAGCGCAAUGCUAUGGAUGGCUACCGAACACUCUGCGUGGCAUUCAAAGAACUAACUCAGAAGGAGUAUGACAAAAUUGACAGGCAACUUAAUGAAGCAAAGAUGGCUCUGCAGGACAGGGAGGAAAAGAUGGCAAAAGUUUUUGAAGACACAGAAGCAGACAUGCACUUGAUAGGGGCUACUGCUGUAGAAGACAGGCUGCAGGAGCAGUCGGCAGAGACGAUUGAAGCUCUGCACGCAGCUGGCAUGAAGGUUUGGGUGCUGACGGGAGACAAGAUGGAAACUGCCAAAUCCACCUGCUAUGCCUGCAGGCUCUUCCAGACCAGCACCGAGCUGCUGGAGCUGACGGCGAAAACGGUGGGUGAGAGUGAAAGAAAGGAGGAUCGGCUCCAUGAGCUGCUGAUGGAGUACCAUAAAAAGCUGAUUCAGGAGAUUCCCAAGAACCGGGGAGGCCUGAAGAGAAGCUGGACGUUGACUCAAGAAUAUGGCCUGAUUAUAGAUGGCUCGACGCUGUCGCUGAUACUCAACCCUUCUCAGGACUCCAGUUCUAGCAAUUACAAAAACAUAUUUCUACAAAUCUGCUUGAAGUGUACUGCAGUCCUCUGCUGCCGGAUGGCUCCUUUGCAGAAAGCACAGAUUGUGCGAAUGGUGAAGAACACAAAAGGGAGCCCAAUAACCCUUUCCAUAGGGGACGGUGCAAAUGAUGUCAGUAUGAUUUUGGAAGCACAUGUUGGAAUAGGUAUAAAAGGCAAAGAAGGACGGCAGGCUUCCAGAAACAGUGACUAUGCUGUGCCAAAGUUUAAACAUUUAAGAAAAUUGCUACUAGCACACGGGCAUUUGUAUUACGUGAGAAUAGCACACCUUGUACAGUAUUUCUUCUAUAAGAACCUUUGCUUCAUUUUACCGCAGUUUUUAUACCAGUUCUUCUGUGGAUUCUCACAGCAGCCACUGUACGAUGCUGCUUAUCUUACCAUGUACAACAUCUGCUUCACAUCACUACCUAUCCUGGCUUACAGCCUCCUGGAGCAGCAUAUCAACAUCGACACACUGACCUCAGAUCCUCAGCUGUAUAUGAAGGUUUCAGAUAAUGCAAUGCUGCAGUGGAGGCCAUUCCUGUACUGGACCUUUCUGGGCGCCUUUGAAGGACUUGUGUUUUUCUUUGGGGUUUAUUUUCUUUUUCAAAAUUCAUCGUUGGAAGAUAAUGGAAAGGUUUUUGGGAAUUGGACCUUUGGGACGAUUGUUUUCACCGUGCUGGUGUUCACCGUCACUCUGAAGCUGGCAUUAGAUACCCGAUUCUGGACGUGGAUGAACCACUUUGUGAUUUGGGGCUCCCUUGCCUUCUAUGUGUUUUUCUCAUUCUUUUGGGGAGGAGUCAUUUGGCCUUUCUUGAAGCAGCAAAGAAUGUAUUUUGUAUUUGCCCAUAUGCUGACUUCAGUUUCCACGUGGCUGGCAAUAAUUCUCCUGAUCUUUAUCAGCCUUUUCCCAGAAAUUCUUCUGAUAGUUUUAAAAAAUAUAAAAGAGAAAAAUCAUCAGAGCAGCAGGAAGGCACCUGAUUCAUUGUCGGCCAGACCUUCUGUCAGACCACUUCUUUUAAGAACGUUCUCAGAUGAGUCUAAUGUGUUGUAACAGACUGGCCCCUUUGAUCUGCCUAUGCUAGUCUCAUACAAACGUAUAGAGAAUGGUUAUGUGAAGACUGAAGAUGCUGUUACUAAUUUGUCAGAAAAAUAUCCUCUCAGGAUACUUUAAAGUGCUCCAUAGAAACACUGCAUAUUGUCAUGCUCUAGGAAAAAAACUGUGGGUUUAACCUAACAUUCUCUUUAGUAUUACCAAGUACAGUGAGCAGCCAUGCUGAUAAAGCAGUAGCCAGGGCACCAAACCCACGGUGCCCGUUUGUCUUUGGUCUUGUGGCUUCCCCACCCCCCAGGAAAAAAAAAUAAAAUGCCAAAUUCGAUGUCAUGGGAGGCUGCAAAAGCAUCUUUAGGAGUUCAUCCCAGACAGCAUGAAUUGAAGUGCAGGAGAGCAAUGCCAGCCCCGUUUCACGAGGGGGCUUCCUCUGCCCCCUGCAGAUCUGUCCAAGAGCAGCAGAGAGCUGCUGAAGUCUCUUGCUGUGCCUGACCAAAGAAGUAGCACAGACUUUAAACCCAGUAACAGCCCCCUCCGGCUCCCCGAAAAGACGCAGAAGCUGGAUGCAGCCCUGCGAGCAUCUUGCCUGGUGCUGGGGCUGCCCCCUCCCAGCAAUGGGUCGCCAGGUGCACGCUGCAGAAAUACUUGAAAAUUUGGGAGAAGUCUUUGCUGACAGUACGAAGCAUUCGGUUGCGUGUCCCUCCUCUGGGUACAGCUGGAAGCGGUCUGUGGUCCGUCUGCAGCGCUGGUGCCCGUGCAGAGACCCACAGUGCUGGGAAGCACCUGAACAUCCUCCCGCCACCAGUUUGCUGAUGGUUUAUUCCUGAUGGAGGGUGAAGAAAAGGUCGUUUUUUCCCUUGUAUUGUGGCUGCUUGUGAUGGAAGAAAGCUUUCGGGGGGGAAGAAAGGAAUCUCAAAAGCUGGGCUGUGCCAGACUUGCCGCCGCUUUGCCCAGGCUCCCUGUGGUUGUGCUUACGUUACUGCGCUGUGCAGUUGCUUCAACACUUUAAAGGCCUGAGUGACUGUGCAGUCCUUGGAUGAUCCCAGGGACCUGUGCCUGUAAACCUGCAGGCAUAUAAAACUGCAUCUUGAGUUAUUUGCACUAAGAAAAAAAGAAGCCAGUUUAAAAAUAAAAGGAAUAACAUGAACCUGAUUUCACGUUACACUUUAUUUGGUUUUUAAAUUGGCAUGUUCUUUUCAAAUCUACCUGUACCAUGGUCGUGGGAACUUUUCUCUUUAGGUUGUGCACAGCAGAGGUGAGAUGCCUGACUUUUGAUAUUUUUUUUUUCUCUGAUGCUUCAUAUGUGGAAAAAGCAGCUUUUUUGUUGCGUGAAGUCGUAAGCAGUGAUGGAGCACCCUGUGUGCCACCUCCGGCUGGUGUGAAGGUGCCCCCUUGUGCUGGAAUCCCCUGGCCCCGGCACCCUGCAGGACAGUGAAGAGGAACCGCUGUGAGAAGCGUUCGGGUCUCAUUUCAGAAGUAACAAGCUCCACGCUGCGGCUGGGGUUUGGCUGCCGCUCACUCAGGCUUUGUGUCACUCACGUGCAAAGAAACAACAAUUCGGGACUAGAUGGAACAUUCCCUUCAUCAAAUUUUGCUGAACCGUGGACUAUUAAUUUUUGGAAGAAUUGAGUCUUGCGCUCUGGCUGCCAUCCCUGAGGUCCGUCUUUGGUGGAUGCAGGAUGCGGAUCAGCUGCAGGCAGAUGCUGGCAUGCAUUGUAAGGACUUUGCAAUGGGCCUUAGCCGAGCGGGAAAGGGGUGUGCACAGUCCCGAUGGCCGGUGGCUGCUCUUCGAUCACCCAGCAUGGGAGCGGACGUAUGGACAGGACCACUGUAUUAUACACGCUGCACUGGCCUCAACGCAAAUGGUGUUUGUCAGCACCAUGUUAGCAACCGCGGCUCAACUCCUUGCUGCAUGCAAGUAAGGAGCUGCACUUCCAGCAUGUGUCCCAUGGGCAAAGCUUUUUCAUUCCCCUCCCCCCCCCCCCCCCGCCCCCCCUUUCCCUCAUUUCACGGACCUAGAAUUCAACUUGCAGACCUUGUCCCGUUCUCAACUUUUCUUGCUAAGAUGUGGUGCCUACAGAUGAAGUAUACAAUGAAUACAGCGACGAUACACUAUAUGCCAAAUCUAACCUUUCUCCUUAAAUAUACAGUUGCUGACUUAUGUUUACAUAACCUUUAAAAUGUGGGCGCUGAAAUGCCUAAUUCCUGUGAUUCAAAACCAUUCCAAGCCUGAAUGGUCCAAGCCUGACACCUUGCUUCUCCGUUUGUUUUGUGUUGUACUCUACCCCUGGGGUCAAAGUCUGUUCCCGUGAAAUUCCGCUGGAGGUUUUGCUGGUGAUGUUAGUGGGAACAGGGCAAAGCUUGCCAUGUGUGUGUGAACUGUCUGAAUAAAGCCACUUAAACAGGCUGAUUUCUGCAGCCUGUUUUAAGGUGGAGCCUUCUGAGAACCGGAGUCUUUCUCUUCCCGUUUCCAAGUGUCCUGUCUCGGGAUGGAGCAAGCCAUUGCAAUAGCUAUAUGUUCAAACCCAAGGCAUGUGUGCUGACCGAUGGGUUGGAAUUAACGUGAAAUGGCUUGAAUAGGAGCUCUUUGGGGAAGGUGCAGGGUUUUUUUUGGGGGGCUUGGCUCUUCAGCUAGUACACUGGUGUAGUGCUGGGGAUGCCAGGACAGCAAGCUGCCCUGCACCUGCAGCAGUGGUGCUGAUCCUCAUCGUUCAGCAAUGGCAGAAGUGAAAUUCCUGUUGCUGUGGAUGACUUGUGAAAUCACAGGAAACAGGAGAUCCCUUUUGGGGAUGGAAAAGGGAAGAAAAAGGAGGAAAAAGCGGUGUUAGUAACCGUAAGGUGUAAGCCUAGAGGCUGCUGCAGUGGCAGUAAUCCGACAGUGAUGCUUGGGUUGUCCAUGUACCGUAGUCUACACUGCACUGUUACAGUGCUCGUUAGUGAGCUAAAAGGUCAGUACAGGCUUCUCGGUGGAAAAACUUGAAGGAAAAAAGGCUGGGUUUUUUUCAUAAUAACUUGUUGAAGUUUAAUCACUGGCUAGUGACACUGAAAGAUAAGAAAAGUGAUUAAGAUUCCCUCUAAAACUGGUAUGUGGUAACAGAGGAACUUGGUGUAGUCAUAGCUACUUCUGAAAAACUAAUCCUAAUCAUUAUGAGAAUAUUACAAAUGACUUGGAAUUGCAUAAAAGCGUAAAAUUGAAUUUGUAUACACACAGUUGAAAAACUUACCUAAUACUGCACCAUUUAUCCAAUUUCCCAGCUAUGGAUUUUUUUAAAAAAACAUAUAGUAUUUAGAAAGUGUAAAUUAUAUACAGGCAAUGACAAGAUACAUUUUCAGCUUCUUGCAAAAAAAAAAAAAAAAAAAAAAAAAAGACUGCAACCUUACAUUUUUUUCACUUAAAUGCAAUUUUAUACAUUUCUGUUGCUUUAUAUAAAGGAAAUUGAAUGUGAAUGUUACCUUUUAUGAAUGCAACUUGCUCUUUUUUCAUUACAGAAACUUUUGUUUGAAGUAAUCAAUAAACUUUGGUAUGUUGUUCUGAUUAAUA